CGUUCACCUCUCAGUGGUGUUUCAAAUCCAACAAACUUUGUACAUAAUGUACACGUAGGGUUCGAUCCUGUCAGUGGUUUGUUCACUGGGAUGCCAGAGCAAUGGACCAAACUCCUUACAUCAUCAGCGAUCACAAAAGAGGAUUACGCAAAAAAUCCUCAAGCUGUUUUAGAUGUAUUAGAGUUUUACACUGAAAAUCAAAAACGAGAACAAGAAGCAUAUGGUCAACACGGCCUCUUAGGACCAAUUGCCGGGUUUCCAAAUGCUGAUGAUAAAUGGGCCGACCUAUUACCAAAAAAUAAUAAUAUGCCCCAGAAGAAUCAAUUAUAUCCUAGCCCUAAUGAUGGUUCUAAUGGAUAUGAUAUGUCCAAGAUAUCACCGAUAAAUAAUCAGCCGACAACUCCUCCUAAUCGUCCUCCGAUCACACCAAGACCUCCUAAUACUUUAAGCUCAAAUAAUGCACGUACAAUUCAAAAUCAAAGUUCUAUAACACAAAUUUCUUCUAAUUACAAUCAAGUUCAACAACAAUCUGUUCCUGAAAAAUAUCAACAGUCGAAUAAUUAUCAACAGCCCCCUCCAUCAUUAGCUCCAAUGUCUCAACAAUCUACAAAUUAUUCGCCCUCUUCACAACAACCGCAACAACAACGUCUUCCUAGUCCAAAUCCUCCUAAACAGCAACAGCAACCCCAACAACCUGUUCAAGUACCUAAACAGCCACCACCUCCUGCCAAACAACAACAAUCAACCCCAAAGAAACCUGCCCCUGAAAAAAGAAUUAGCACAAUGACUGAAGCUCAAAUUAUGGAAAAAUUAAGAUCCGUUGUUUCUCCUGGUGAUCCUACAGCCUUGUACAGUAAAAUAAGAAAAGUUGGUCAAGGUGCUUCUGGUUCCGUAUACGUUGCCAAAUCUCUCACAUCCAAUGCUAAGGUCGCCAUAAAACAAAUGGAUCUUUCACAUCAGCCACGAAAAGAACUAAUUGUUAAUGAAAUUCUUGUGAUGAAAGAAUCCCAACAUCCAAAUAUUGUCAAUUAUCUCGAUUCAUUCUUAGUAAAAAGCAAUGAACUCUGGGUUGUUAUGGAAUAUAUGGAAGGUGGUGCGUUAACUGAUGUUAUUGAUAAUAAUACCCUAGAGGAAGAUCAAAUUGCUGCAAUAUGCUUUGAGACUUGUAAAGGUCUUCAGCAUCUUCAUGGUCAAAAUAUUAUUCACCGUGAUAUUAAAAGUGAUAACGUUCUAUUGGAUGCAUUUGGCCAUGUUAAAAUAACCGAUUUUGGAUUCUGCGCUAAGUUAACGGACCAAAAGAACAAACGAGCGACAAUGGUUGGUACACCAUAUUGGAUGGCACCUGAAGUUGUAAAACAAAAAGAAUAUGGUGCCAAAGUUGAUAUUUGGUCUCUUGGUAUCAUGGCUAUCGAAAUGAUUGAGAAUGAGCCACCAUAUUUAGAUGAAGAACCACUUAAAGCGUUGUAUUUGAUUGCCACAAAUGGUACUCCCACUUUGAAAAAACCCGAGAAAUUAUCACGUGAAUUAAAAAGUUUCCUUGCUGUCUGCCUUUGUGUAGAUGUUAAGAGUAGAGCAACCUCAUUGGAACUUUUAGAGCAUGACUUUCUUAAAAAAGCCUGUCCACUAUCAGAUCUUGCUCCUUUACUCAAAUUUAAGACUGCUAAGGAUGGCAGGUCGUGA